AUGGCUGCAGCAUUUCCAUCCGACACGGCCAUCGUGGUUGGGGGGGGUCUCGGUGGAAUGUCCGCCGCCAACACGGUGCUGGAGAACAACGGGAGGGUCGUGCUGCUCGACAAGUCCUCGUUCUGCGGCGGCAACUCCACCAAGGCAACUAGCGGCAUCAACGGAGCGGAGACGAAGACCCAGAAGGCCAAGGGGAUCCCCGACACGAUUGAAUUGUUCACCAGCGACACGCUGAAGGGCGGCGCCAAGAAGCCCGAGUUGGCCAAGGUGUUGUGCGGCAACAGCGGAGCCGACGUCGACUGGCUGGUCGAGAAGUUCAACCUCGACCUGUCCCUCGUCGCGCGCCUGGGCGGCCACUCGGCGCCCAGGACGCACCGAGGCGCUGAGCGUUUCCCUGGCAUGACCAUCACCUAUGCCCUCAUCCAGAUGGUGGAGAAGGUUGCAGAGAGGAGCGACAAGGCGCGCAUCAUCACCAAGGCGAAGGUCACCAAGCUGCUGACCGCCAACAAGGCGUGCGUGGGCUGCGUCUACGAGAAGGGCGGCGCGGAGUUCCAGGAGCACGGCCCCGUGAUCCUGGCCACUGGCGGCUUUGGCGCCGACUUCACCAGCAAUUCGCUCCUGGCGCAGUACCGGCCAGACCUCAUGCACCUGCCCACCACCAACGGCGAGCAUUGCACCGGCGACGGGAUCAAGAUGGGAGAGGCCAUCGGCGCGAAGUCGGUCGACUUGGAAUGGGUGCAGGUGCACCCCACCGGCCUGGUGAAGCCUGACGAUCCGGACGCGAAGAUCAAGUUCUUGGCCGCCGAGGCGCUCCGUGGCGUCGGCGGUCUUGUGCUGGAUGCGAAUGGCAAGCGCUUCGCGAACGAGCUCGGACGACGCGACUACGUCACAGGCGAGAUGUGGAAGAACAAGCCGCCCUUCCGGCUCUGCCUGAACAAGGCUGCGUCCUCGGAAAUUUCAUGGCACUGCAAGCAUUACACCGGCCGCGGCGUCAUGAAGUUCUACGAGACCGGCGAGUCCCUCGCCAAGGACAUGGGUGUUCCCCUUUCCGUGUUGGAGCAGACACACGCCGAACAUUACCAGGCUGCCAAGAAGACAGAGAAGGAUCCAGACGGUGGCUCCUACCCAGCCUACCCCAGCGGCAAGUCUUGGGACGAGGCGAGCGGGAAGACGGGUUCGGGCAAGAAGUUCUAUCAUAACAUCAUCGACGGUCCAGCGGUAAAGACCGAGCCUUUCUACGUAGCCAUCAUCACGCCGGUGAUCCACUACUGCAUGGGUGGUCUCGAGAUCGACACAGACUCUGCCUGCCUCGAUGCAAACGGCAAGGCCAUCCCAGGAUUGUACGCUGCUGGGGAGGUCGCCGGCGGCGUGCAUGGCAACAAUCGCUUGGGCGGCAAUUCGUUGCUGGACUGCGUGGUAUUCGGCCGUGUGGCCGGCCUUGCCGCGACCAAGUACAUGCUGGGUGAUGGUUGCAAGCCGGUGAGCCUCAAGGACCUCUCUGGUGGAGGCCUCACCGGCGAGGUGAAGGCGUCCAAGAACGCAGGCGGGUCAUACGAGGAUGGCAUGAACAAGGCCGAUGGUGCCGCCAAGCCGAAGAAGGAGAAGAAGGAGAAGAAAGAGUCUGGUGGCGGUGGCGGCGGCAUCACCAUGGCGGAGGUCGCCAAGCACACCAGCAAGACCGACUGUUGGGUAGUCGUGGCUGGUGAGGUGCUCGACGUGACCUCGUUCCUAAGCCAGCACCCUGGCGGCGAGCUGGCCAUCCUCACGUUCGCCGGGAAGGACGCCACCGAGGAGUUCAACAUGAUCCACCCUCCCGACGUGAUCCCGAAGUACGCCCCUGACGCCGCCAUCGGCAAGCUUGGGGCAGGCGGAGGUGAGGACAAGCCGAAGAAGGAGAAGAAGGAGAAGAAGGUGAAGUCUGGAGGCGGGGGCGGCGGCAUGACCAUGGCGGAGGUCGCCAAGCACACCAGCAAGACCGACUGCUGGGUAGUCGUGGCUGGUGAGGUGCUCGAUGUGACCUCGUUCCUGAGCCAGCACCCUGGAGGCGAGCUGGCCAUCCUCACGUUCGCUGGGAAGGACGCCACAGAGGAGUUCAACAUGAUCCACCCUCCCGACGUGAUCCCGAAGUACGCCCCUGACGCCGCCAUCGGCAAGCUUGGGGCAGGUGGAGGUGCCGACGAGGAGGACGACUCGGACGACGACUCGGACUCGGACGACGAUUCAGACUCGGACGAGGAGGAGGAAGUCGGUGGCGGCGGCGGCGGGUACACCCUGGAGGAGGUGGCGAAGCACACCAGCAAGACCGAUUGCUGGGUCAUCCUCGGCGGGAAGGUGCUGGACGUUACCAGCUUCUUGUCGCAGCACCCGGGUGGCGAGCUCGCGCCGAUGGUGCCGCCAAGCCGAAGAAGGAGAAGAAGGAGAAGAAGGAGAAGAAAGAGUCUGGUGGCGGUGGCGGCGGCAUCACCAUGGCGGAGGUCGCCAAGCACACCAGCAAGACAGACUGCUGGGUAG